UCAGCACACAAGUGCAAGGGGGGAGAGCAACAGAGUCCAGAAGCAGCUGUCAUCCCUGAUAACCCACAUCCAAGUUACUGAACGGUGGAGUUGAGUUGAGUAUUCGGGGGACGAGAAGAAGGAGGGGAAUGCCGAGUGCACAUGACACCAUUUUAACCCCGAUUUCCCAAGUGUUCAGCAAAGGGUUUGUCGUGAGGACUUGGCAAACAUCGUACCGAGUGACGUGGACAGAAGAGCAGUCAGUAUGCUUAUCUGACAGUGACUUGACUGCCAAGAAGGCAAACUCCAGCAGAUGAGGUCGAUGAUGAAACUACUGCGCUAGUGCCUGAUGGUUUGGGAAUGAUGGAUGUCCCUAAUGGCCACCCCGGUGUCUCCACUGCCAUCACCUCGGAGAAGAGCAGCAGUUCAGAGUCUCUGAGUGAGAAGGGCUCGGCUGAGCUGAAAAGUUUCGACGCGGUCGUCUUUGAUGUGCUGAAGGUCACGCCAGAGGAAUAUGCAGGUCAGAUCACACUUAUGGAUGCUCCAGUGUUCAAAGCCAUCCAGCCUGAGGAACUCUCAAGUUGUGGCUGGAACAAAAAAGAGAAGCACAGUUCAGCUCCUAAUGCCGUGGCUUUCACACGAAGAUUCAAUCAGGUGAGUUUCUGGGUGGUGCGGGAAAUUCUUCAUGCCCAAACUUUGAAGAUCAGAGCUGAGGUUUUAAGUCUCUACAUCAGAACAGCAAAGAAACUGUGUGACAUGAACAACCUCCAUGCAGUAAUGGCAGUGGUGUCAGGUUUACAGAGCGCACCUAUUUUCAGACUCAGCAAAACGUGGGCUCUACUGAGUCGUAAGGACAAGGCUUCAUUCGAGAAACUGGAGUAUCUGAUGUCUAAAGAAGACAAUUACAAGAGACUGAGAGACUACAUCAGCAGCCAGAGCAUGACCUCUUGCAUCCCGUAUCUAGGUAUGUAUCUGUCUGAUCUCACCUACAUAGACUCAGCGUAUCCCUCAACCGGCAGUAUUCUGGAAAAUGAGCAGAGGUCCAACCUGAUGAACAACAUCCUGAGAAUCAUCUCAGACCUGCAGAGAUCCUGCGAAUAUGAUAUACCUGAAUUGCCUCAUGUCCAGAACUAUCUCAACUCCGUUCACUACAUUGAAGAGUUACAGAAGUUUGUGGAGGACGACAAUUACAAGUUGUCUUUAAAAAUUGAGCCAGCCACUAGCACACCUCGUGCAACUGCCUCUAGAGAAGACCUCGUAGGUUCAGAUGCCUCUGGUUCACCCUUGUGUGGUCGUCGUGGCAACUCUGCUGAUGGUGGCCUGCCUAAAGUCCCAGGGACUCCGCCUUCCCCUCGCAACCUCCUACCCUACGGACACAGGAAGUGUCACAGCCUGGGCUACAAUUUCAUUCAUAAGAUGAACACAGUGGAGUUUAAAAGUGCUACGUUCCCCAAUGCCGGAUCCAGACACCUGCUGGACGACAGCGUACUGGAGUCUCACACGCCUACACGGGGACAAGCAGAGAGCUCCACUCUGUCCAGUGGCAUCUCAUUGGGAAGCAGUGAAGGAUCUGAACUCAGUGAAGAAAUGUCUUGGCCUGCAUUCGAAAGGACACGUAUCUACCACUCUCUGGGCCCAGUGACCCGAGUAGGCCGCAUCUCCUGCAGAGGAGGCCUCAGGCCCAGCAGCUCAGCCGAGUCUGAGGAGCUGGCGGUGCACCUGUACCCUGGAGCGGUGACCGUCCAGGGAGUGUUACGCAGGAAAACCAUCCUAAAGGAGGGCAAGAAACCUACGGUGGCUGCAUGGACUAAGUACUGGGUAGCGCUGUGUGGUACUCAGCUCUACUAUUACACUGCCAAGUCUCUCAAAGCCACUGAGAGGAAGCAUUUUAAAUCGACCUCGAGUAAGUGUGUCCCUGUGGUGGGGUUGAUGACCAUGAUGGCAGAUGAUCCAGAGCAUCCUGAUGUCUUCCUGCUGACAGACUCUGAGCAUGGGAACUCGUACAAGUUCCAGGCAGGGAACAGGAUGAAUGCUUUGCUGUGGUUUAAACACCUCAGUGCGGCAUGUCAAAGCAACAGACAACAGGUUCCAGCAAAUCUCAUGUCCUUCGAAUGAAAGGUCCAAUCAGACGGCAGAAGAACUAUUUUAAAAGGCGGGUGCUAAAGGACAGAAGAGGAGGAGGUUGAGGAGUGGCGGAGCGGGAAGAGAAGAGGAGUGGAGAGAGAAACUAUUUUACAGUAGCUUUUCCACUGCCAUCACCCAGCCUGAGUCUCACUGCAAAGCCCUCCACCACCACUGCCUUACAGAGUGGAGCAAGAGUGUGUGUGUGUGUGCGCGUGCGUGCGUGCGUAUGUCCAACACUCCAUUAGUGUGGAUCUAUCUCUCUGUCUGUCUCUCCCCAUUUUUCUUUCACAUUGUAUUGGCACUUGCUCCAUUACAGUCCCUAUCUCAACCAAAGUGAAGAACUGUACGUCCCUCUUCCUCAGAACAACUUCUGUUCCUGCAUCUCAUCCACUGCACCAACUGGAUAUCUGGGUCUUAACUCCAUCCACCCCCCCACCCUUUUUUUUUUUUUUAAAUUAACAUUCGAUGCCCUGUUUCCUUUGUUCACAUGGGCUGAAGCACUAUCCAUCAGUGGAGAGAAAAUCUCAACUCUUCUCCUCUUCAUUCCUCGCAAAUACCACCAGGACACUGCAGGACCUUCUCCUCUCAUCUAAGGAGACGGAUUUUAAAUGGGGCUGCCGCAUUUAGGCCGAACCCACGCUCAUUCACUCACUGGCUCACUCACGGUCUGUCACUCUCGCCCAUGCACGCACAUGUUAAUUCUAUUCAUACACUUGAGUUGGGCUCGAGCAAGCAUGACACAUGGUUUUCCAAAUGCAGGUUUAACUGCAGCGAGUGGACGUGUCUCUUUUGUUACAACCAUUUCAACACUUUGAAAAGCAACUGAAAAAAAAAAAAGGGCUCUGAUACUUGAUGAAUUCCACGUGAAAAGUAUUCGCUUAAAACUCUUGAAUAUUCGCAUCACUUUUUUUUAAUUAUUAUUUUAGAGAUUUGUAUGAAUUACACCUGCAUGCUUCUCUCUCUCUCUCUCUCUCUCUCUCUCUCUCUCUCUCUCUCUCGCUCAUGCACACGCGCAUCCAGUUACACAAAUUGAGCAUUAGGGACAAAUGAUGAAUUUUGUUUGUAGUCAGAGGCACCUAAGCCGUGCGUUUGGGAGGAAGACAGAGCAAAAGAUGAGGCGCUUUAAAGCGAAUGUAAAAAUUGGAUCAAAUUGCCCAUGUUUGGGUGGGGAAAGUGUGGGUGGCACAGUGUGCACCGGGGUGGGAGGGGUUUCUACAGCAGGUGCUCUUUAUGGUACGACUGAAGCUGAACAAACUUCUAAACAGAGGUCAUGUGUACAGUCUUUUUUUUUUUUUUCCUCUUUCGAAUCUCUCUCUCUCUCUCUCUCUCUCUCUCUCUCUCUCUCUCUCUCUCUCUCUCUCUCAAGUUUAGUCCAAAUCUAAAAAGUAGGACGUUACCUACCAGGACACGUACAUCUUCGUAUCUACUUGAAAGCUGUGAAUGUCAGUUGGAUUUUUGCCUGUGGUGGUUUCACUUUAUUUCCGUACACCUAUAGUUUGUUACAGCAGAUAGGAUUUAAAACUGAGACUGUUAGAAGUGGGUGUGGCUGCAUGUGUUUGAAUGUGUUGUACAGUAACGGUAAAAAAAAAAAUCACAGUUCAUACAAAGAAGCUAUUCAGGAGCCAUUUGCUUUUGUGUGUGUGUGUGUGGUGUUUUUCUCUUUAUUUAGUUUACAAGUUUUUUGUUUGUCUAUUUUUUUUAUUUGCAGUAUUACAGUAGAUGAUGUAGGUUCCAGUGCACUGGUCUUGGGUUGUUUUAAUUGUCCGUUAGUUUGUUCAUGCUUUUUUUUUUUUAAUUUUUGAUGUUUGAAUGUGCUUCGUGUUUGGUUUUACUUCGUAGUUUUUGUCCUUUGGAAAUGUUUUAAUGUUUUCACCUGGGAGUUUACGUCUACAGCACAAGACUACACGUUGACGCAUUGCGUUCGACAUCCGGUUAAAGCUAGACUUGGUAGAGGAAGGAUUUUUAAAUGCAUUAUGGACUUCAGACUACUGUAAAAUUGAUAGUCGUCAGAUACUGAAAGGCUUCUCAGUCACGCAGUCGAGGUUUAUACAAGUGCAUCCAGCUCUAUAGGGAACAAGAGAGGUGGUUUUGAUGAGCUUUGAACAUAUGAAGAGCAUUCAAGUUCAGAGGAGACAUGAACUAAUGGCUCAUAAAGCUGUUUACUAUCCUUCCUUUUUCAUGCUGUUUACUUUUGCUUUUUAUAGUGUUUUUCUUUUCCCAAACUUUGGCUCUGUCCUCCAGUCACCUGUGCGUUUCUCGUGCCAGCAGCCUUGUAACGACGCCUCAGAUCCUGCUUCAUGCGCUAGUUUAUAGGCAGCUGGAGAGUGGUUCAGUCUGUGAUCAAAAUCAGUCAGAUUUUGUUUUAUGAUUUUCCUCUCGAACCUCUUGUCCAGCACUAUUAGAGAAUGAAGAAUCGAAAAGCUCACCAUUUCGACUUAAUAUCACUCGCGCUGGAAAGUACAGUCACAAAAAGCAUUUUAAAAAUAUCCUUCAGGAUUAUACUGGAGCUAAAUAAUGACCCAUGUCCGAAGUGAAAGCUUCGGAGUGUUUACCUGAGAAGUAUAACCCGUCACAGGUUUGAGUUGAUCUCGACAGGAUGAUGUAGAAGACAUUCUUGGAGUUUUGUGAAGGCACUUUGGGAUUAUCCGAGGAGGAUUUACACUGAGUUCAGGAACACAAAGCAGAGAAAAAAUUAUGUAUCAGGUUUGUCACAUAUUUCCUUGAGAAGAAGCCAUUUUGGCUCAAACCAAGAGUUUGCAUAACACUGCGGUUUUAGCUGGGGUUUUGAGGCAGGAUGAAGUCAGUCUGCCGUGAUGGAGCAGCCGUUUAUUGUUCAGGCAGGGAGCUUGUGCGUUAUCUUCAGCAUGCGACUGAGUGGAUUUGGCAUCGCUGUUCUCAGCUUGCAGUUUGUCACCGAACAUCAGUGCACACUUUCAUAGCCAGAGACGAGCGACGAACGUUCUGGGAUCGGGUUUUAUUCCCUUACACCUUUCUAAGUGGUGAAAAGGGACGCACGGUGUGUUCAUGCGCGUGAAUAAAGCCCUUCGUUUCACCAACAUGCCAGAAAUUGGCACAACUUUGAAGAGCUGACCUUUUCAACAAAAUACGUUGUAGGUUCCCGCCGUCGCUUGCAUCGAUUCUUUAAACGAUUUUCCGUCAGGCCUGAGCCUGACGUGCUUUAAACGGUUGAAAUGGAAACACUAGUGGGCUGAUCCGAACAACAAAUCCAUACCGAAGCAACUCGUAGUCCGUUGUACAGAAAAAGGUGACUGGAGUGACAAAACUCUCACUAUAAUGCAAAUUGUGUUGUCUUUUACUUCUGCCUGUCUGCUCUCCAUCUCUGAUCAGAUGCAUGAAGUGGUACUGAGGCCGUGGUUAUAUAGGAUUAGAUUCAGACAUCUGUCCAAAUGCGUUUGGUGAAUGGAUGUUACACUUUACAGCAAAAUAACCAGCUCUCGGAGUUAAAGUUCUGGAGUCGAAUGGGAUCAUUUCUUUCUCUGUGUUUAUUGUAUUAUGAUAUUUUUUUCAGCUGUUUACAUUCUUUGAGACACCCUCUGAAUGUCACACAUGCAUUGUAACUUAAACUAACACUGUUGUUGUUGUUAUUAUUACUACUACUAUAUCUACAGUAUAUCUUUUACAAAUGCACAAACAUCUGGGAACUUUUCUUUUUGCUCCAUUGACCUUCAUGGGAUGGGCGAGAACAUGGAGUGUCAUGAAAUGAUUUCGCCCUGUAUGUCGGUGUGAACGCGUCAGUCGGGGACCGUUUUCAGAGUCCUUCUGUUCCAUCCAUUCUGUGUCAUCCUCCAUUGUUUAUAGCCUCCCUGUCCCAUGACCCAAGGCAGCACUAUGACCUCUUGACUUUAGAGCGAUGUGCUCUUGGAUUCCUGAAAGGACAAAACCAAUAAACACGUGUGUUACUUUUUCUAAA